GCAUGGAUCGUAGUACCGAUGCGUAGCAUCUGAUCUCCCACCUUCCUUCGAUCCUUCCUCUCAACUCAACGACUCGAUCAGGAGGAGGAGCCCCUGAGAAAUCAAAAUUCAAAAGUAAUACCAGAGAGAGUGAGCCCCUGAGAUCUGCUUUGGUUCUGUAGUUCUUCCAUGGGGUUGUGUUAAGGCGGUGGAGAUAGUGAGGCUUCGAUGGACGUGGAGAGGUCGUCGUUGUGCAAUUGCGUUGUGAAUUUUCUGCUGGAGGAGAACUACUUGCUCACGGCGUUCGAGCUGCUCCAUGAGCUUCUCGACGAUGGCAGAGACAACCAGGCCAUUCGACUCAAGCACUUCUUCGCUGACUCUUCUCAAUUCCCACCCGAUCAGAUCUCUCGCUUCAACUCUAUUCGAGUUGCAGAUCCUCAAAGUUUGCUAGAAGAGAAAGAGGCAGUAGAAGAAAAAUUAGCAAUUAGUGAAUAUGAGCUUCGUUUAGCCCAAGAGGACAUUUUGAAACUGAAGACUGAAUUGCAGAAGAAAGUUGAAUCACCUGUAAAUGAAUCAAGAGGUUUGGAUUCAGGUUCAAAUUCCAGGGUUUCUGUAAAUAAUGGACCAGAAUUUCAGCGGCAAAAGAGAGAUGUUUCCUUCUCUCAUUUGGGUCCAUUGAAAGAUAAUGAACGCAGAGAUCUUAACUGUGCUGUAAAAGAAUAUUUGCUUAUAGCAGGGUACCGGCUUACUGCAAUGACGUUUUUUGAGGAGGUCACAGACCAGAAUCUAGAUGUUUGGCAGGACUCACCUGCAUGCGUGCCAGAUGCUUUGCGCCAUUAUUAUUAUCAGUAUCUUUCAUCCACUACAGAGGCUGCUGAGGAGAAAAUUACCAUGCUACGAGAAAAUGAUUCGUUAUUGAAAGAAAAAGAGACUUUGUAUCAUGAAAAGCUGUGCUUGCUUAAAAACAAAGAUUUGGCUGAAGGUCAAAUCAGUACACUAAACAAAUCGUUGGAAGGUCUGCAGAAGGACCUUAAAGAUAAAGAGAACCUUGUACAGAAUUUGAAGCAGUCCCAGGAGCACCAAAGGAAGGAGCUCAAUGAUUGUAGAGCUGAAAUCACUGCUUUGAAAAUGCAUAUUGAAGGAUAUCGUUCUGGACGGAAUAUGGUAGCUGCUGAUGCUGAUCAUGUCCAAUCCCUAUCCUUGGAAAGAUACAGGGAAGAAGUAAAAUCACUGCAGAUGGAACUAGAAAGUUUAAAAUCCAAACACGCAAAAGCUCCUGAUUUUUCAGAUUCCACCAAUUCUGAGAAAGAGUCUGUGCAAAUGGAAGAAAAAGUCGUUGUCAUGGAUGAAGAUAAAAGUCUAAUCCCGCAUCCAGUUGAUGUAGUAUCAAGAGUUGUGGAAAAGGAAUAUGAUCAAUCUCUGCCUGCUCAAACUUUUGAUGACAAUAUAGUUACACCUGAGGAAAUUCCACAAGAGUUUUCGGUGGCUCCUUUGAAUGAUAGCAGUACCUUGGUCAAUGAUGAAAGUGUCUCCAAACAAAAUAACGAACCAUCAUCAGGCGGAAGGCUACAUCUAGCGUCAGAGGAUCUUAGUGCUGGAAUUGUUUCCGAGAAAAGGGGCCUAGAGACCAUUCAGAUCCUUGCUGAUGCUUUGCCCAAGAUUGUUCCUUAUGUUUUGAUCAACCAUCGUGAGGAGCUUCUUCCUCUGAUCAUGUGUGCGAUUGAGCGCCAUCCAGAUAGCAGCACUCGAGAUUCCUUGACCCACACAUUGUUUAAUCUAAUCAAACGUCCAGAUGAGCAACAAAGAAGAAUUAUAAUGGAUGCAUGUGUUACCCUUGCUAAGAAUGUAGGAGAGAUGAGAACAGAAACAGAAUUGCUUCCCCAGUGUUGGGAACAAAUAAAUCAUAUGUAUGAGGAGCGCAGGCUGCUAGUUGCUCAAUCAUGUGGACAGCUUGCAGAAUUUGUUCGGCCCGAGAUUCGUGAUUCUCUUAUUUUGUCUAUUGUUCAGCAACUCAUAGAAGAUUCUGCGACUGUUGUCCGGGAGGCUGCUGCACAUAAUCUUGCAUUGCUGCUUCCACUCUUUCCGAACAUGGACAAAUAUUUCAAGGUUGAGGAUUUGAUGUUCCAAUUGGUAUGUGAUCCCUCUGGAGUGGUGGUGGAAACUACACUUAAGCAGUUAGUUCCUGCAGUAAACAAGUGGGGAAACAAAUUAGACCAUAUUUUAAGAGUUCUACUCUCUCAUAUAUCAAGCUCUGCUCAGCGUUGUCCUCCCCUUUCGGGCGUUGAAGGGUCCGUGGAGUCACAUCUUCGUGUUUUAGGUGAACGAGAACGCUGGAAUGUUGAUGUUCUACUACGGAUGCUAAUGGAAAUGCUUCCUUUUGUGUACCAGAAAGCAAUUGAGAUGUGCCCAAUUGCUUCUGAUCCGGAAACAACUGGAACAAUAUUUUCUACGUCUUUCUUUGAAUUGUAUGCAAGGGGACAUGCUCAAUUGCCUGCAUUUGAGUGGCUGCAUGUCGACUGUUUUCCUGCUUUGAUACAGCUUGCCUGCUUGUUACCUCCAAAAGAAGAUAGUUUGCGAAACCGAACCACCAAGUUCUUGUUGGCUGUAUCAGAACACUAUGGGGAUUCUUAUUUGACACACAUAAUGCUGCCUGUAUUCCUGGUAGCCACUGGGGAUGACGCUGAGUUGACAUUUUUCCCAUCUGCAAUCCAUUCCAGAAUCGAAGGUUUGAGACCAAGAACGGCUGUGGCUAAGAGACUGGCUACUAUGUGUGUCCUACCUAUUCUCUUAGCUGGUGUUUUGGGUGCCCCUAGUAAGCAUGAGCAGUUAGUGGAGUACCUAAGAAAGCUAUUAGUUGAAGGUGUGACAAAUCAAUCUACAAAGUGCAAUGCUGAGAUUGUUGAUGCUGUUCGCUUUCUUUGCACUUUUGAAGAACAUCAUGGUAUGAUAUUUAACUUACUAUGGGAAAUGGUUGUCAGCUCCAAUAUAGAUAUGAAGAUCAAUGCUGCCAAUCUGUUGAAAGUCAUUGUUCCAUAUAUCGAUGCAAAAGUUGCAUCUACUCAUAUUUUGCCUGCCCUAGUUACUUUGGGCUCUGACCAAAACCUGAGUGUGAAGUAUGCAAGCAUAGAUGCCUUUGGAGCUGUGGCCCAACAUUUUAAAAAUGACAUGAUUGUUGAUAAGAUACGUGUUCAAAUGGAUGCGUUUCUUGAAGAUGGAUCACAUGAAGCUACCAUUGCUGUGGUUCGUGCAUUAGUGGUUGCUGUACCACAUACAACGGAUAGACUUAAAGAUUAUCUUUUAUCCAAGAUUUUUCAACUUACAGCCACUCCGCCUGCAAGUGACUUGAUGCGCCGUCGUGAGAGAACCAAUGCAUUUUGUGAAGCAAUUCGUGCUCUGGAUGCAACAGAUGUUUCAGCAAAUAGUGUACGGGAUUUCCUCCUGCCUGCCAUACAGAACUUGUUGAGAGACUAUGAUGCGCUGGAUCCUGCACACAAGGAAGCCCUUGAAAUUAUAAUGAAGGAGAGAUCUGGUGGAACUUUUGAUACUAUCAGUAAGGUGAUGGGGGCUGGGCUUGCAUCAUCUGUUACUAGCUUCUUUGGUGAAGGUGGGUUACUGGGUAAGAAAGAAAAUGCUGAGCUAUCACCAGAGCCAGUUGAGUCUCCGAAGGCUGCACCAAUGCCACCAGUCGAAGACACUAGGUUAAGGCGCAUCAUGCGUGGAAAUUUCACUGACAUGCUCAGAGGCAAAGCAAAGGGCGAUGAAACUUAGAACCAAUAAAGUUGAGUUGUUACUGAAAGGGGUGGCUGAGUUUAUUUUGCAUCUCGCCAUCUCAGGUGAAGAUCAUUUUGUUCUCAAUAUCAAGGUUGUGAUCUGCUGAAAACAAGGAAUUCUUUUAUUUUUUGGUGUCAUAGAAAAAAGGGUUUAAGAAGGGAAGAGCAAAUUUGUACUGCAUUUUUAUUGUUCUGGUUUUUUAGUGUAGAAAUUGGAUUGAUCAACCAAUUGAGUUUAGUGGAUA